GUUUGUUAUGCAGCAUGUCUUCCUCAAGUUGUACAGAUAACGUGAAGUACAUUUAUCAAUUGCCAUUUUUCGAACGGUCGGAACUUUGUAAAAUACUUAAUCAGAAUGACAAGUGGGAAGAGCUGGCUGGAGUAUGGAUGAAGUAUGAUGUGUUGACAAUACAGGGUUUGCGAAAGGAAAAAAAUCCAACAGAUGAACUAUUAACAAUGUGGGGCCAUCAUAAUCAUACAGUAUUGGAAUUGUUUGUUUUAUUAUCCAGAAUGCAACAUUAUCAAUCUAUGGUUCCAUUAAAACCAUUUGUUGAUGAAAAGUUUCAUAAAUUACUUUAUAAUGGAGAGGGUAACCUUCACAGAGUACUUGGAAAACGACUCAAUAAAAAUACAAAAGAUUUGAAGAUAGGUAUCCAGAAUUUCAAUCAAGUUGUACCACCAGAACCAAAUGUGCCUAAAAUCAUUGUAGAAGCACACACUAAGGAAGCAUCUCAUAAAAUAUUAAAUCAACCAAUGCAAGCUGUGCAAAUUGGAAUUACUCCCAGCAAUUCUAACAAUUUACUCGUUGCAUCUUUAGCAGCUGCAUCUCCUUUAGCAGCAACUUUACCUCAUGCAUCUUACAAUGAAUUAUCCACAGCUACAAAUGAAUGGAAUAAACAUAAUAUCUUAGGGAAAGGAGGUUUUGGAACUGUCUAUAGAGGCACUUGGAAGAAUACCGAUGUAGCUAUUAAGAAGAUAGAAAAAAGAGGAGCUGAUUCGGAUGAAAGUUAUGUACUUCAGCUUCAGCAGUCUUUAAGAGAAAUAAAAAUUUUAAAUUCUUGUCCGCAUGAGAAUAUUUUGUCUCUAUACGCGUACAGUUUGGAUGGUAGAGCACCAUGUCUUGUAUAUCAGCUUAUGAAAAAUGGAUCUUUAGAAGAUAGACUGUUAGUGAAACAGAAAACUCAACCAUUAACUUGGAUACAGCGUCAUGAAAUUGCCAAAGGAACUGCCCGUGGUUUGCAGUAUUUGCACACAAUUGGAGGAAAGCCUCUGAUACAUGGUGAUAUAAAAAGCGCCAAUAUUCUACUUGAUAAAAAUUUUGAACCUAGAAUUGGUGAUUUUGGUUUGGCAAGAGAAGGACCUGAAAAAGAUUCAAUGAAAGUGAGCAAAAUUCAUGGAACAAGACCUUAUCUUCCAGAAGAGUUUUUACAUGGACGAAAAUUAUCGACGAAGGUAGAUACUUACAGUUACGGUAUUGUUUUAUUUGAAUUAGCCACUGGUUUGUCGGCGUAUGAUGACACUAGAUUGGAAAAUAAAUUUUUAAAGGAAUUUAUUGACAGUUGGGAAGAUAAAGAUCUUCAUUUAUUAAUAGAUAUAAAAGCAGGUGAGAAAGACAAGCAGGUGUAUAAUAAUUUAAUGGUUUUGGGGAAAUGGUGUGCUAAUCAUAUGGCACAAAACAGGCCUGAAAUGGAUUAUGUUUUUAAAAAAUUGAAUGACUUGUAAUUUUAUUAUGUUUUGAUUGCUAUUACAACUUGCAUGAGAAUAUUACGUCUUGUGAUAAGUGCAUUUAGGAAGAUGUAUAUAGUUGUAUAAUCAGUUGAUAUAUA